AUGUAUUCAGAUGGAUACAUUAAAUUCUUAUCCAAAAAUUGGAACACCUUUAAUGAAAUUGAAAUAACGGAAUCCCUUGUUUUAUUUUUUAUUCUAGAGAAUUUGUACCAUACAAUACUUCCAAAUUUGAAAGAGUUUUCCAUAAUUGACAGCAUAACUUUUGAAUCUCUCACCUGUAACUCAAAAAUUUUAAAUUCCAGUUCUGCUUACACAUCAUGUACAUUAUUUUUUGAAAGUAAUUUGUUGUUAACAGAAUUACAAAAGGAUUUUCUCAGACUUUUAUUAGACACGAGAUUUCCCAGAAAUGAUGAGAGUGUUGUUUUUUUUGAUUUGCUCAAAAUUUUCUACUCAAAUGAUGAUGAGAAACCUUAUAUGUUAGUUUCAGAAUCUGUAUUGGCCUGGAUAAUUGAUAAAUUCAGUUCUAUUCUGGAAAAUGAUGAAUUGAAAUCCAGCGAAAAAGAUGCCAUUGCAUUAGAUAAAUUUAGGAAAUACCUUAACUGUGUUGAUAGCAAGAGAUUUUCGCAGGAAAUAAAUAGGCUAAACCAACUUAAAGGGUCAACCUAUAACUUAAUUAUAAUAUCUUUAUGCUUCUUCUUGCUUCAUAUAAAUCCAUGCUUUAGCGGUGUUGGCAAAAGAUUACAUAGAUACCUAAAAAAAUGUACCAAAAGUGAUCUGUUCAACUGCACCUUAAUUACAAACAACCUAAUAAGAUGGAACCCGAAGGACCUUGUACUUUGGGAAAUAAAGUCAAUUUUGACUGAAUUUUGGUUUAGAAAAUUUGAUAUCAGAAGGAAGAAUAUGUUGUUUAAAAGAGGGUUAUUUUCACCAGGAACCUCGAGAAAUAUUAUAUAUAAACUUCUCAUGAGGCUGAUUUACAAGUUGUUUACUGACCGCCUUCUUCUGUUAAACAAGUCGUUUGUAGAGGAAAUUUUAUUCAUCAAACCUUUCAACAACUGCGUUUCAACUUAUUUAAGACAUGAAUAUGAUUCUGUAGUUAAGAACGUGUUCCCAGUUUUCACAGAAAGAUUAAAGAAGAUUAGUACCAACUCUGAGUAUUAUAACAAGCUUAGAGAGUUUAAAUACAUGGAAGUUAAGACCAGAUACAAAAUUAUACUUUCAAAUUCAAUUUUCAAGUUAUUUUCAAGGUUCUACAACAGAUUGCUGAGAAAAUUUAGCUUCCCAAACAUCUUCAUUCUAUUGGUAAAUUUGACCAAGGAGAGAAAUUACUCAAGAUUAUCCUCAAGUGUAAUAAGUUAUAGGGAUUUGUUGAUGAGUGGUUUUCUAUACACCAGAGUGGAUGAAGAUUCCGAAAGUAUUUUAAGACUAUGUGAUGAAAUGAUUACCAAGGACACAGAAAACGUUUGGGUUGACAAUAAAUCAAAGAUGUUGUUGAAUUUAGUUGAUUUGAAGACACUCUUGAAACCGUUCUAUUUUGAUCAUGAUUUGGUUAAUCUAAUUUUCAAAUUCAGGGUUGUUUUGAUCUUCAAUGAGUAUUUAUCAACUUGGCACAGUUUCACAGAUUUGCUCUACAUCUUCUGUGACACGAGUGUUCUGAAUCGGUCUGUUAAAAUUAAGAAAGUGAAAAAUAACAGAAAGAGGACUAUAAUUAAGUUUUUGGAUCAUGGGAUUGAUGAGUAUAAAUCUGAGUCAACUCAAAUUAGAAAGGUCAUAAAUGAAGAGGUUUACCGUAAUGAGUUUGGUCAUAUACGUGGUUAUGGGUUUGGAAGUGUCAGAUACAUUUAUCUGGAUUCUAAAAGAAUUUGUGAGAUUUUUAGUGACCUACAAAUAGACUUGAUUUUAAACUCUUACAGUCAGCUUUUGUAUAUUCUUUUUAAUCUGUUUUGUAAUAUUAAAAAGUUGAACAAAACUACAAACAAUUUAGACCUUUCAAACUUCAACCUACUUUUCGAAGCUAUUUUUUUGGUUUUCAAAUAUUCAAGAUCGGUUCCUAAUCUUGGUACUAAAGUUAGUCCGCUUGUUGGAAUCAGGUUCAUAAAGGAAAUGAACAAGUUCUACAAGUUAGUGUUUUUCAAGUACAGGAAACAAUUAAAUGUAAAUGAACAUGUACCAUAUUUUUUGGAUUCUGUUAUCGCCAAAUUAGUUCUACUGUUUCUCUCGCCUCUUUUCAGGUUCUACAUACACUGGGUAGUUUCAGGUCAAGCGAAGCUUGAGUUGCUAUAUAGACAAGUAUUAAAGCUUAAAUAA